AUGGCAAUCACGGCUAAAAAGAUCCGCGGCGAGGAAGCUCCGGUGUUUCAAUUUCCCAAAGACUACGGCACAGUUGCUGGUAUCGAAGCAGAGUUCAAAGAAGUUGGGUUUAGCUCAGAGCAUAUUGAGAUUAUGGAAACUUCCAUGGAUGUGUCUGAUCCCAAGCCGUUGGUCGACAUGUUUGUACGAGGGAAGAAUCCUGGAGCGAUGUUCUUUGUCGGUGAUUAUUCGGAGGAAGAGCUGGAUGCGUAUGUGGAGGAACUGUUAAGAUUGAUCAUAGGCAAAUAUCCUGAUGUACCGAGGAAAUUAAUGGGGCUUUUGAUCGUGGCAGUUGGGAAGAAGUUGGCAUGA